GGUGGCUCUGACAAAGAACACACCGUCUCUGACCUCACUCUUCCCCACACAUACCCCCUCUUUUCACUUUCCCCUCUUCUCAACUCAAACAAUCCCCACACAAACAAACAAAUAAAAACCACUACCCCGCUAGCACCAUCAAACCAACACAAGAAUCAAGAUGCAAUCACCAUCGGAGCCCCCAGACUCCGCCACAACUACCGCCGCACCACCACCUCCCACCACCACUCCACCACUCCCACACAACUCCUCUUCCGACGACUUCUUCUCCUCCGCCUCAUUCCCCUCCUCCUCCUCAUCCGACGGCGACAAUUUAAUCUCCCCAUCUCCCCCGGCCCAGAUCCCAAUCUCGUGGCCCGGAACCCUAACUCUAGAUUGGAUCCUCAACCUUAUAUCUGUCUUCGAAUGGGCUUCUAGAAACUUGCCCCCCUCUGAAUUGCCCUCUGUUUUGCCUGUCAAAGUGUUCGACAGUCUCGUCUUGACUGCGUCCAAGGUCUUGCAUAAGGAGCCUAAUUGUGUGAGGAUUGAUGAGUGUGGGGAUGGGACGAGUGUUGUUGUUGUAGGGGAUGUGCACGGGCAGUUACAUGAUGUGUUGUUUUUGUUCAGGGAGGCGGGGUUUCCGGAUGAGAAUCGGGUUUAUGUUUUCAAUGGGGAUUAUGUUGAUCGUGGCGCGUGGGGGCUCGAGACUUUUUUGCUCCUUUUGGCUUGGAAGGUUUUUUUGCCACAUAGAGUAUAUCUACUUCGCGGAAAUCAUGAAUCAAAAUAUUGUACCUCUGUGUAUGGUUUUGAAAAAGAAGUUAUGGCCAAAUACGGAGGUAACGGGAAGCACGUUUACCGUAAAUGUCUCGGAUGCUUUGAAGGACUUCCUUUAGCUUCAAUUAUAGCGGGGAGUGUUUACACAGCACAUGGUGGGCUCUUUCGUGGCACACCUGUUACCCCAUCAAAGAGAGCUAAGAAGAAGACACGUAAAAUUAUUAUCAAUCCUGAGUCGAAUUCUUUAUAUCUCGGCUCUUUGGAGGAGUUAUCUAAAGCCAGGAGAUCUGUUCUUGAUCCUCCGUGGGAAGGUGCGAACUUGAUUCCAGGCGAUGUGCUUUGGUCUGACCCAUCGAUGACCCCUGGUCUAUCCCCCAACAAUGAGAGAGGCAUAGGCCUGUUGUGGGGUCCAGACUGCACUGAAGAAUUUCUGAAAAAGUUCGGUUUUAAGUUAAUUAUCAGAUCGCAUGAAGGUCCUGAUGCAAGGGAAAAAAGACCUGGCUUAGGAGGUAUGGACGAAGGUUACACAAUAGAUCAUGUUGUAGAGUCCGGAAAACUGAUCACCCUAUUCAGUGCCCCAGAUUACCCGCAGUUCCAGGCGACAGAGGAGAGAUACAAAAAUAAAGGAGCGUAUAUUGUUUUAGAGCCUCCUUAUUUUGAUACUCCAGUAUUUCAUAGUUUUGAAGCAGUCAGUCCAAGACCAAAGGCAAGCCCCUACUAUGAUUUCGAGUUUGUGAUUGAUUCUGAUGAAGAAUUGGAUUUGGCAUCAAUGGUGACAUCUUAAAGGGAGUCUACAGCUGUCUUUGUUUUUGAAACUUGCUACCCGGUUAUAUAUUAUUAUUUAUAUUUUGUCUAUGGGUUCUGUUGUAUCAUAUAUACUCCAGCGUACAGUUUCAAAAGAGCAGCUACCAAAGCCGGUACAAAAAUCAGUUUUGUUACAAUAUAAAUUAUUUGCAUCUGUUGGCAUUUGUUUAAGAAAUACUUGUGACAGGGUUUAGCCUAUUAUUGCAUAAAACAAAUGAUUCUUGUGGUGGUCAA